AAAAAUCCAAAACAAAACAAGAGAGAGAGAGUAGAUGUGUACUCCUACAUGUAAGCUUUUAAAGAAGAAAACGAGAAACACUGCCCACCAAACACCCAUUAAACCAUGAAAAUGAAAAUUCCAUUUUUUUGGUUACCGUUAAUCCUUCUCCUCUUCUUGGUGGUGGGAUGGAGUGAGGCAGGAAAGGCGAAAGUCCAAAUAACGGAUGACCUCGACGACGUCGUUGAUGAUGAAGAAGAUGAAGCUUGGAAGGAAUGGGGGAAGAAAAAGCCAUCCGUUCCUGAAAAAUUCGAUCCCCCAAAAAUUGAUUACGACACAAUGAGUUUGUCUGAGAUCCAGCACGAGAUCAUGAGCCGUCAGUAUGGCCCCGUUUUCGGCUUCGUUAAGCUCCGAUUAGGAACUCGCCGGACUCGGGAAACAGUGACUGAAACGACAAAGAGAUGGACACAAAUUCUAAAAACUGGAGGUAUUGAAGCGAAUUUCGCGGGUGUUGAUGUUAAUACCGUCAUGUUUACCCUGCAAAGAGGCCUGGACAACUUGGAGUUGAAAGAGUUUUUCCUCAAUCAACCAGAAGUUUAUGAAGUUAAGAUAGGAGAUCAACUUUUUCGAAGACCUGGAGAUCCUCCUUUAGAACAAGUUAUUAAGGAGCUUCAAAAUAAAGAAAACAACGAAGAAGAAGAAGAAGAUGAUGAUGAUGAUGCUACUGCAGCAAAACAAGAACUCUAGUUAACAAUAAUCUUCUAAAUUAGGUAUCUCUGAUUCUCACUUGAACGGCAACGUUUCUUUCAGAAAAUUGUAUAGAUGGCCAAGGAUAAAGAGGUAACCACACAAGUGAGUAGGAGAGCUACAAGGUUGUCCUUGUCUACUGCUAAUUCAACCGAUGAUAUUGAAGCAGCGAAACCAAAUGAUUCUGAAACACCAAAAGUUGAUAACUUAGUAUAUGGACAAGAACCCUUUGGCUUAGAUGAGUUAUUAUCUUGUUUCCCGGGAAGGCGUGUUCAAAUUCUUGAAAUACUGCAUCUUUUGGGUUCCAUAAAUUCUUCAAUGCCUCCUAUGUUUUUAUACGGAAGUGCUUCUACUGGAAAAACUAGUGUUAUUCUUCAAACAUUCCGGCAUCUCAGACGCCCUUUUGUUUAUACAAGCUGUCUUUCAUGCUAUAGUCCUCGGAUAUUGUUUGAGUCUAUCCUGAACCAGCUGUCGUUUCAUAAAAAGGAUGCAGCUAAUGGCUAUUCAAAUGUGAAGAAAUGUGAAAAACCAUCUGAUUUUAUUAAUUUUCUCCGUGAGGCAUUGAUAAAUGUUAUAGGUAGUCUCAAGGAGAACUCAACGAAAAUGAGCUCAUGUAAGUUGAAGAGACAAGUUUACGGAAGAAUGAUUUACUUGAUUUUUGAUAAUUUUGAGCUUAUUCGAGGGUGGGAAAAGAGUUCUAGUAUAUUAACUUUACUGUUCGGUCUCUGUGAUAUCUUGAAGAUCCCUGAAGUGGGUUUUAUAUUUAUCAGCAAUAGCUCUCCUGAUACUUAUUACUCAAAUACUGGUUACAUGGAACCUAUUCUUGUUUAUUUUCCUGAGUACACAGAAGAUGAACUUCGUCAAAUUUUCAUGAGAAACCAAGCAAAUCAGAAGCUAUAUUCCUCCUUUCUAGAUGUUGUGCUGAGACCAUUCUGUAGAGUUUCCAGGCGUUUGGAUGAGCUAUCGACUGCAUUUUCAACAUUAUUUAAAAAAUACUGUGAACCUUUAAGUGAUUUGGGAGUUGUACCAAAUGAAGAUAUGAAGAGAAGAUUAUUUAGUCAUCUUCAGCCACACGUUGCUCAUUCAUUGAAUGAGAUAUUUAGUGUUGCAUCUCAACCUUUUGUUGGAUGUGAAGCCAAUCAGGAGAUCAGGCCGAAAGCAAGUGCUAAGAAAUCAGUGGGUUCUGGAGAUUUUGAUGAGAUAGACUUCCAUAUGUCCACUUCUGCCAAGUAUCUCCUUAUUUCAGCAUUCCUUGCUUCAAGAAAUCCAGCCACUCUUGAUGCAUCACUUUUUGAUUCAACAGGGGGUUCUGACAGUCGCAAAAGAAAGAGGAAGGUCUCUGAAAAAUCAGUGGAAAGGAAGGAAGCAGCAGAACAGGAGUUAUUCAUGAAAGGGCCUGGAACUUUCUCUUUGGAGAGAUUAUUAGCCAUUUUCCAGUGUAUUACAUCAGUAGGAGAAGAUUCAUUUGGCGAAGCGGGAGGAAAUGAUGAUGUAACAGUUGAAGGAGGGAGUAAUGGGCUCAUGUCCGAUGUUCUCUUGCAGCUAUCCAGUCUCUGCAAUGUUAAUUUUAUUGCCAAAGGAGGAAGCUGUCCUUUAGAGGGUUCAACUCGGUAUCGUUCUACAGUAUCCGAAGAUUUGGCUCUGAAGGUGGCGAGGAGCCUUAAGUUCCCUUUGUCAAAGUACUUGUUUAGAAGAUAAACAUUGAUGUGAAGAGAAACUUGUAUCAUGGACUUUCAUGCAUUCCAGGGAAGAGAUAUUUCAGAGAAAUCAUAUGGCCUUGAUGCCACCUAAUUGCUCUUUUGGUUUUUUCAAAAUGUGUAUAUUGUAAUUUUUCAUUCGGAUUUUCAGAAUACAAAGAUAUAAGAUUUCAUUUGGAUAGAGGCAACAGCAGAUAGAUAGUGUCGGUAGGAAUUUGUAAAAUUCUUAACAAAGGGGCUGCCGCCUCUAAGAGAUUUGUCAUUAUUCAGUUGCAGAAAAUGUGUAAACAAGCACUGUCCAUUAAGGGCCACCCGCAAGCAUUAUCAAGAGGACGACCAAAAUAGGUCAAACUUUCUCAAA